AUGAAGAUCCAAAUCCAUCAAUUCCCUGGAGUGAUGACAAGUCUAUCAAAACUUUAUGAGUUACAUUGCACCUCAAAUAUCGAUCCAAUGAUAUUUUACGGGUUGGCUCAAAUUUGUAGAUUCAUAGAGAAGUUUAACAUAACGUUAUCAGGUGACAAUCCCGGACUUGCCAUCUUGAUCGAAAAGCAACAGAGGAUAAAAUACCUACAACUUAAUUUACAAUAUGAAAAUGAUUUUUAUAAAGAAAAUGGUGAAUUCGAAAGCUUAUAUAAAAUCCAUAUCGGGAAUAGUUUAGAAUUUACCAUAGAUGCCUUGGAUUUGUUUUUUAAAAAGUGGCAAGGAAGAAAGCCUUUAUGGUUAUCUCCCGUGAAAUUGGUUGGUGAAUAUAUUAAUUGGGAUGAGGUUGAAAACAUUAAUGAUGAGGAAAUAAAUAUCUGUAAUGACAUGAUUCCAAUAUUAUCAAUCUCUGAAAAAGAAUUUGCAAGAAUUAUGAGUAGAUUUAAUCUAAAAUAUAAAGAAAGAUUAGGAGUCGCCGUAUCAGGAGGGGCGGAUAGCAUGGCAUUAUGUUAUUUAUUAAACCAAUAUUGUAAAAUAUCGGAACAUCAAAUUACGGCAUUUAUCAUAGAUCAUCGAUUAAGAAGAGAGAGUACAAAUGAGUCAUUUCAAGUUUCUAAUACUUUAUCAAAGUUGGAAAUCGAUAAUAAAAUAAUGAGAAUUCAAUGGAAAGGUCAAGAUAAUACUUCCAAUUCAAAUUUGAAUGAUUUCAAUUCUCCAUUUCCAACCAAAUCUCAAUACGAAACAUUUGCUAGGAUUGAGAGAUAUAAAUUAUUAGCAAAAGGUUGUCAUGAGAAUAAAAUUUCUUCAUUGUUUGUAGGACAUCAUUUAAAUGAUCAAUUAGAAACCUUAAUCAUGAGAUUAUCAAGAGGAAGUGGAAUUGAUGGAUUAGCUUCAAUUUCAAUGAUUGAUAAAUUUCCUGUUAUAAGAAACGUUGAAGCCAUUGGAAUACAAAUAGUUAGACCUUUAUUAUCUGUUACAAAGGAUAGAUUAAUAAAAACUUGUGUUGAAGCAAGUAUACCAUGGAUAGAGGAUCCUUCAAAUCAAUCUACGGAUCAUAAAAGAAAUAUUGUAAGAUUUUCAUUAGAUAAAUUAAAUAAAAGAUAUCUCAUUGAAGGAAUAAGAGAAUAUGAACCAUUGUCCACAAUGGGAUUAUCAAGGUUCAUGAAUCACAUGAAAGAUCACAAGGAUUUUAUAAAUUCACAAGAUAAUGGAAUUUGUUCACUAUCUUUACCGAAUCCAAUUCCUUCUUCCCAUUGGAUUUUAAAAAAAUAUUUGGCUACAAGGAUUAUUAGCAGAAUAAUAAGAUUUGUUAGAUGUUCCGAACAUCCUCCGAGAUUAGAAUCUACGCUAAAAUUUUAUAAUCAUAUUUUAUCAUCAUAUAAUCACAAUAUCACAUUAAAUAAGGUUUUAUUGUGUUGUAAAAAAGUUCAUAUUCAUGAUUCAGAUACCUUUGAAAAUGGUUCUUAUAACCUUUGGACAUUCAGUAGACAACCAUUCACAUCGUUAGAAGAAACAAGAAAUGUUAUAAACAUUCAAGAUGGCCAAGUGAUAUUAUGGGAUAAUAGAUUUUUUAUAGGAUUAAAUCUCAUUUCACAUCAAACAGAAUUAUGCAAAAAGCAAAUACAUCAGGAAAUAAUUCCUUCCCCGCCACGAUAUUAUAUAAGAAGAUUACAUGAUAAAGAUAUUUACAAUAUAUCUGAAGAAAAUAAGGAGGAUCAAAUAAAUGUAGAUAAUGUUAUUUAUAAAAACAUAAUUGAAAAAUAUAAAAGAAAAGUACCUCAUAUUGCAAGACAUAAUAUUCCUGUGGUUAUUAAAAAGUCGGAUUGGAUUUCUUUAAAUGGCAUUUUACAUGAAAAUGAGAAUGUCGUUAAUAUACCGACUUUAGGAAUAUCAUUGAAUUCAGAAAAUAUUUAUUGUUGGGUUAAAUUUCGGGGAAAUACUUUUAUUGAUAUAAAGGACGAAGAAACAAGUUAG